CAAUGCGGUUCCGAGUCGCCGUUCCGGGCUGCGGUGGCGGCUGUAGGUCCCGGCGGACUGGCGGGGCGCGGGCGGUGGCCCCGGAGAGGGCCGCAGCUACCGCUCCCACCGCGGGCCCGGUUCGGCGGGCGGCCCGGCCCGGCCGGGGGCGCGGCGGGGCGCGGGGCCGCCCGGGGGGCGCGGAGGCGGCGCGGCCCCAGACCCGGGCGGCGGCUCAUGGCGCCUCUUCUCCCCUCUCUAGGUCUGUAGCCAGAGACCGCGGCGGGCGCUGCGUUAGGAGCGGCCCCGGGUGCCAGCGGGGGGACGCGGCCCGACGUGACAGGUGUGCCAAAAUGUCAGAAAGGUCAGAUAUUCUUCACUUCAAGUUUGACAAUUAUGGGGAUUCGAUGUUACAGAAGAUGAACGAACUGAGGGAAGAAAACAGGUUUUGUGAUGUCGUGGUCCAUAUAGAUGACAUUGAAGUUCAUGGGCAUAAAAUUGUCUUUGCUGCUGGCUCUCCUUUUCUAAGAGAUCAGUUCUUACUGAACGACUCCAGAGACGUAAAAAUCUCUAUCCUGCAGAGUUCAGAGGUGGGGAGGCAGCUGCUUUUGUCCUGCUACAGCGGCGUUCUGGAGUUUCCUGAGAUGGAACUGGUAAACUACUUGACUGCUGCAAGCUUCCUGCAGAUGAGCCACAUCGUGGAGCGAUGCACACAGGCCCUCUGCAAGUUCAUCAAACCGAAGCAGCCGCUGGAGAGCAAGGAGUGUGAGCAGCAAAGUGACUCCUCCGAGCCAAAGGAACACCAAGGAGACAACGACUCUCUGCAGCAAGAUUCACCUUGUAUUCAGCCUUCAGAGGACAGUAUGGACAUGGAGGACAGUGACAUUCAGAUCAUCAAGGUGGAGUCCAUCGGGGAGGUAACAGAAGUUAGAAAUAAGAAGGAUCAGAACCAGUUUAUUUCUUCUGAACAAACUGCACUGCAUUCCUCAGAGCCUCAACACUUUCUUAUUAACUCCACUGUUGAAAACAGAGCAAGUGAAAUUGAACAAAACCAUGUCCACAGCUAUGCCCUUUCCUAUGCUGGCAGUGAUAACAUCAUUCUGGCCUCUAAAGAUAUGUUGGGGACAAACAACCGAGGUACAGAAAAAGGCCUUCAGUGGCAUCAUCAGUGUCCAAAGUGCACAAGAGUAUUUCGGCAUCUGGAAAACUAUGCUAAUCACUUAAAGAUGCAUAAACUAUUUAUGUGUCUUCUCUGUGGCAAGACAUUCACUCAGAAAGGCAAUCUCCAUCGGCACAUGAGAGUGCACGCAGGCAUCAAGCCGUUCCAAUGUAAGAUCUGUGGGAAAACAUUCUCUCAGAAGUGUUCCUUACAGGACCACCUCAACCUGCACAGUGGGGACAAGCCCCAUAAGUGUAACUACUGUGACAUGGUUUUUGCGCAUAAACCCGUUCUGAGGAAACAUCUUAAGCAGCUACAUGGUAAAAAUAGCUUUGACAAUGCCAAUGAAAGAAACGUUCAAGACAUAACGGUGGACUUUGAUACAUUCACGUGUAGCACUGCCACAGACAGUAAGGUCUGUCAGCAGGCUGAGGCAGGCCAGGUACUGGAUGCAGGAAAGCUGCCCCAGGCUGUGCUCAGUUUAAGAAAUGAUAGCACCUGCGUCAACUGAGCAACUAGAAACAACCCCCUGUAGGGAUUGUGACCAAGAGGAGCAGACAGUUGGUUUGGGCUCGUACCUAAACUAGUGGUAUGCCCUGAAAGGCUCCAGCUGGACGGACGGAUGGAUGGAUGGAUGGCGGGUUGGAUCGCAAAGCCUGGCAGGUCUUCAGCCAUCGCUCUUAGUCUUACUUGAUACUUUCUGUGAAUAGCUGAAUCUUCCUUCAGGUUUCUGUCUGUGUCUCUAGUGUGAUUAUGGGGUUAAUUGUUUCAUUUCUCUCUGAUUAGGAGACUCAAGACUAACACCUUUUGAAAGACUGUUGCUGUGAGCUGCAAGUAAACCAUCUGCUGUACAGUUAGAGGCCUCUCUGUCCGGGCAGAUGGAGGAAAGAGCAAAGAGGACAAGUCUGUGAGAGAACCCGAUUAUUUUUGGUUGUUGUUUUUUUUUUUUUUAAAUGAUGGAUGACUGAAAGCACUCCAUAGAGUUAAAUUUAAACUUACCUCUUAAAAAUAUCUUUCUCUGAUCUUACCCCAAGACCCCUACAGGUGAAAUGGAAGUAUUUUUGUGUCACCUUUUUUGCCCUUUCUAAACUACUUCAAGAAACUUCUGCUGCCAGUCAACACUACCUUAAAAGCUCUCAGGGUUUUUAACCUUGGCCUGCAUUAUGAAAAGAUAAAACCCUAGACGAUUUGGCAGGCUUAGCUGAUCAGUGCAUAGAACCAUUCAAAAUGAGAGUAAAGUGCAGCUCUGGAAUGUGAGAGGCCAGUACCUGGAGUGCAGGUAUGACCUAUUUCUUAUGGACUCAUUAAGGUUGGAAAAGACCUCUAAGAUCAUCAAGCCCAACCAUCAACCCAACACCACCAUGCCAACAACUAAACCAUGUCCUGAAGUGCCAUGUGUACAAAUUUUUUUUGUAACACCUCCAGGGAUGGUGACUCCACCACUUCCCUGGGCAGUCUGUUCCAAUGUUUGACCACUCUUUCAGUGAAGAAAUUUUUCCUAAUAUCCAAUCUGAACCUCCCCUGAUGCAACUUGAGGCCAUUUCCUAUCACUGAUUACUUGGGAGAAGAGACCAACACCAGCCUCACUACAACCUCCUUUCAGGGAGUUGUGGAGAGCGAUAAAAGUCUCCCCUCAGCCUCCCUCAGAUUAAGCAAUCCCAGUUCCCUCAGCUGCUCCUCAUAAUACUUGUGCUUCAUACAUUUCACCAGCUCUGUUGCCCUUCUUUGGACUUGCUUCAGCAUCUCAAUGUCCUUAUUGUGACCCAAGUGCAGGACCUGGCACUUGGCCUCGAUAAACCUCAUACAAUUGGCCUCAGCCUAUUGAACCAGCCUGUCCAGGUCCCUCUGCAGAGCUUUCCUACCCUCAGGCAGAUCAACACUCCUGCCCAACUUAGUAUCAUCUGCAAAAUGACUGAGGGUGCAACUCCAUCCCCUCAUCGGGGUCAUUGAUAAAGAUACUAAACAAGACUGGCCCCAGAACUGAGCCCUGGGAAACACCAGCUGGAUUUGACUGUUCACCACAACUCUGGGCUCGGCCAUCAGCCAGUUAUUUACCCAGCAAAGAGUGCACCUGUCUAUGCCACGAGCCACAAGCUUCUCCAGGAGAAUGCUGUGGGAGAGAGUGUCUAAGGCUUUACUAAAGUCCCAGCAGACAACACCCUCAUCCACUAAGCAGGACACCUGGUUGUAGAAGGAGAUCAAGUUGGUGUCAUACUUAGGAGAUUUUUAAAGGGUUCUUAGCCAGUACAUGUACCAAGAGAAGCUAAACACUUCAAUACUACAGUGUUCUCACCCAUUUUCCAGACAUUUUGCAUCACAUGAGGCGCAACAGUUGUUGGUUUUAGAGGAAAGCUGGAGUGGAGAAAGACUGCUUUUUAACACUGUGAAAGAUUCUGUUUUAAAAGCUGCAAUGUAUAACAACUCCAUGCUUUGCUGUUUUUUGGGGUUUUUUUGCUUUUUUUUUCCACCACCCUUAGUUCUUCUACAUUUCUCCUGGAUAUCUAAUAAGGGCCUCAAGUCAGUUAACUUGAAACAGAAAUGCCUGCUGUAAGAACAUUAACAAUAUAAUGUUUUUUUAUUUCUUGGACAUUCAAAUAAUACCUUUUUUUUAAGUGACCUGCAUGGUGCACGACCAUUAGUGCUUCACUAUGAGGAUGAGGUAUAGGUAGCACAAUUUCCAUAGGUUGAUCUGUCAGCUAUUGACUGUACUCAGCAAUACCUCAUAUACCGCCUUAACCAUCCGAUGUAGCGGGAAUGGCAUGUGAAUUGGGAUGCUGGGAUUAUUCCACAUUGCUUCUCAAAAGUGCCAUGGAAUUAUCCACAUCCCAAUGAGGCUGAAAGAAACUAGUUGAUCUGAGGAACACCAUUCCCAGUAGAAGAGCACUCUUAUUUACAUUGAAGUGUAGCAUAGACCAAUAAUCAAAUAGCUGAUCCUCAGUAGAGAACUGCUGUUUGUAUUUGGAAUAAGUAUUUCUUCCAAGGCAGCUCUUUUCCACAAAGUUUGCCAUGAGGAUGAGAUUUUGCUUCCUACCUAGAAGUAGUACUGUUUGUGUGUUUGAAUGAGGGGGUGGGGGUGAAAGGCUGCUAUUGUAUGGUUUAAAAUGCUAAACAGGUAUGACCUAAACAGGUAUGACCAAAGGUGUGUUAGAGAAAAAAAAAAAAGUUUUGUAUGUAAUUAUCAAAAGUUGGUCUUGAUCUUCAGAUAUGUGUGUGUAGAAGCCAGGAUUUCCUCACGCAGACACGACACUGAAGGAUGAUACAAAGCGUUAAUGUUGCAGAACGUUUUCAGAAAUCCACAUACUUUCAAGUAGAAAAGCAAGGUGAUUCUGUGAAUCAGUUUUUGAAAUUGAGUUCUUGAACUACUGUACUUGACUGUUACAUGAACUGUUACAUGAACAGCUAUGAAGCAAGCAAUGGAAAUGGAAUCAGGGCAUUACAUCUUUCAAGUAGCAUCAAAUAUACUUAGGCCUAAAAUCUAACUAUUUGAAACUUUUAAAAAUUAUUGUUCAGGUUCCUGGGACAAAAAAUAGGUUUGCAUGGGAAGAAAAACUGUUUUUUGUCUCAAAGCCACCUGCUUCCAGAAUUGUUCGGAGCUAUAACUGACCGUGACAGUCACAUCUGACACUUGCAUUUUGUCUUCAGGCACAAUCUUCUGCAUUGUUCAGAAUUUGAUAAUAUUCAGAUAAUUUGAUAAUAUAUUAUUCACUGUACGGAAAUAAGUUAUAGCACUAAUGUCGAAAUGAAGAUGGACAUGGGGAAUGAGAACUUGCAGAGCCAGGUCAGCAUGCUUUAAGGGACUAGUGAACACUUUAACUGGAUAUGAAUGUGGACAUGAUAAAUAAAAUGGUCUUCUGCCAGAAAAGGAAUAAAACUGUACAAAUGCUAGAAGAAGUGGCAGCAAAAUGGACAGUAUUGAAAGCUUUGUCUAUCUAGGAAGGUUUUUUUCUGAGGAAUUAUGAAGCUGUAAUGUUACUGCAAAGAGACUACAGCUUGUUGAAGUAGCUGUGAGUGACCUGAAGCUGAUACGGAGAGACAAGGAGUCUCCUAAGAAAUAGAAAAAUUAUUUUGUCAAGAUAUAUAGGUUUUCAGUCCACCCUGUGCUGUGGUGAUGUCAACGUGUGAGAAGGCCAAGUCUGCUGGCGGUUCCCUUAAAGGCUGCUGGUGGUCAUUGGUGAGACCACGGCAGGAGUAAACAGGAGAAAGAAGAAAUGCAGAAGACUGCUUCUUCAAUGAAAAUGGAUACAUCUGUUGGAUGAAAAGUGACUUCUGACUGAUGUCUGUGCUUUUGGCCUGGCAAAAGGGUGCAGACAUAUGCAGGAGACAGCUGUGUGGCUCCAGGAACACUGAAGCUCUGAGAGGGCAGUGUGCUGAUGGCACGGUGCGAGUGCCCUGCUGGUAGAGUUCAUCCAAGAUUUGCCCCCAUAUGGAACAGACAAGUGAAGAGUGUAGAAGAGGUAUGAGAAAAGAAAAAUCUGGCUAAUGCUUCUUCUCUGAGUUACAGGUUAAAAUGGAGUGAGAAUUACUAUAAAUGAAAUAUAUACAGGCAGCUCAAUUAUAGAAUAAGAUGAACUUAAUUGUCCAUGUAUGUAAAAUGUUGUCUUCAUUGCAAUGUUCUGAUUAGUGGAAGACUAGAUCCAUUGGUUGUUGCUACUGGUGCUGCAUAUUCAGAUGAGGACUAUGGCAGUUAUAAUCUGUGUGUUAAUGUGUAGAAUACUAUUUGCUGGUAAGUGGAUAGUCUCACAACUUAAUGUGCUGUACAACUUCCUGCAUAUCCUAAAAAUAACUGAAGUCUAUUACAAAAAUAUUUUAAUAACUCUUGAAUAUAUUAGGAUUUUUUUUAUGUUGGCAUUUUAGUUCUUUUUUUUAUAUGUAGAAGAAAUCUUAGAACUCUUAGGUUUACCAGAGGUUUAGGCUCACCACUUUUCUGAGCAGUGGUAGCUUGUGUAGCAUGUGUUCCUGCAGCAUAUGAUGCAGCUGCACAGCCUCCUGUAGAGAUCAGGGAUGAUUCUUUCCUUAAUUUAUUUUUCUUUUAGAAGAUGCAUUUUGCAAGUUAGCAACUGAUAAAAUUGAAGUGUCAGUCUUUUUCUCCCUCUCAUAAAUCGUUUUGGCAAGAUUUAUGAUAGCUGCCACUGUACUUUUGUGGAAAUAACCUAAAAAUUAAUUGUGUGGGGCUGAUUCUGGAGUCAUUGGGAGGUGGACAGGUGAGGAGGGAGGUCAAAGUGUGAUACUGUUGAAAAGAAUUCUAAAGUCACGUUAAAUCUUGAUUUUUUUAAAAGCGAAGGGGGGAAAUACUCUGCCCUCUGGAGGCAGCAAGGGCUGAGAGGGCAGAAUGGACGUUUUUUUCUUUGAGACUGAAUAACCGAUGGACUGAGCAUUAGCUACCUCUUCAGUGACUGGGCAAAACUCAUCCGACGUUAUUACCAAAGCAGGCGGGACAGCGGCUGGCGGGGCAGCUUCGCCCCCCGCCCCGGGCCGCUGGCUGUCGGAGCCGCCUGCUCGGCCGGGCGGUGCUCGGUGCUCUGUGCCCCCUGCCCCCCCGCAGGGGCCCCCGGGCAGCUGCUCCCCAAGAUGCCUUACGGGGGCCCGGGCCGAGACGUUGCUACCUCUACCGGCCGCUGGCGAGGCGCGCCCCGGUGCGGGGCGGCUGGGCGGCCCCCGGCGGCAGCCGCUGUAGCAGU